CGCCAGUCUCCUAUCCCGCGUCUCCGAGUUCACAGAGGCGCCUGCUGGGUUGGAGGAAUCCGGGCUUACGCGAACGCUCGAGUGAGGAUAUAUAAAAGAUAGAAACUGAAAAUGUCUGAAGAAGUGGGAAACACAAUGGCAGAGCUGGCGAGGCAGUUGAUGACUUUAACCCUAAGUGAAACGGCAUCGGAAUCCACUCUGACGUCUAUGCAGCUCUUCGGUCUCGGAACGCUUAUACUGUUUCUGUUCCUGAUUGCUACGCUGGUUAGGUCGAACAGCCUCGUUGGUUUGGCGGUUAGAAAGUCUAUUCUCGGCGACGCGGUGGUCCGACUCGGCGACAAUCUGAAUGACGUCACACGAAGAAUCACGAACGGCAUCGCCAAAGCCACGUCGAGAUACGAAAGCAGGGACCGAACGAAGCGGAGCAUAAACUACCGAACAGCGAGACGAUAAAGGAGGAAAUCCUGUGUUU